AUGCGUCUCUCCAACGUUCUAUCAACCACGGCGGCAGUGCUACACCUGAUUGGGAAGGCGCAAGCCAAGGCAGUGUUCGCGCAUUACAUGGUCGGUACUGUGGAUAAAGACCAUGCGCAACAAGACAUCGACAACGCAAUAUCAGUAGGACUCGACGGAUUCGCCCUGAACAUCGGUGAUCCAACCGAGUCCUACGUCGGCGCGACACUUGAAUACUUGUACGACUAUGCGUCUGGCACAGGAUUCAAGCUCUUCGUCAGUAUGGAUGUGUCUGAAUCGGGUGCAGCAUGCAAUGCAGGGAGGUCCUGCUGCAAUGGGCCGAACGACUAUAGCAGCAUCUUUUCGCAAUUCCUAAGCAAUGAAGCAUCUUACCUAGGCCCCAACGGUUUGCCCAUGAUAUCGACCUACUCAUCUGGCGGCGUCGAACCCGAUGCCUGGCAUUCAUGGAAAGUGUCCCUUGACUUCCAAAUGUACUUCGUUCCUAUGUUUGAUGAUACGGAUGGCUACUACGACUCAACCUCUGGGUGGUGGUCCACUUGGGGCAACCUGGUCGAUGGAGUCUUCAGCUGGGAGGCGGCGUGGCCAACGGUGGCAGAUGGGAGUAGCACCGACGUCGGCAGCCUCUCUCCUGACAUGCCAGUCAUCAACAGCGCCUCGGCUAGUCAGAAGAGCUACAUGAUCGCUUUGAGCACUCUCCAGUACAAGGAUGCCGUAAGACAUGCCCGAAACAGAGACUGUGAAUUGCUGCUGACCGAUACGAAACAGUACGGUACCAACUUGUACCGCCCAGGCGGGCUCAAUCUACCCAUUCGCAUGAAUAACAUCCUUGGCAUUGCAUCACAGCUCGAUUUCGUCGAGAUCAUCACCUGGAAUGAUGGCCCCGAAAGUCACUACAUUGGAAACGUAUGGAGCGAAUCAUCCGAUUCAUCGGUCAUGUACUCCUCGCCGCAAGCCGCCUUUCCCCACGCUGCCUGGCAACCCCUCGUCACAUCAUUCAUCGAAGCCUACAAAGCCGGCGGCACCAUGGCUCCCCCGUCCGGCGCCACGGCCGUAGGAUCGAUGUGGUACAAAACGAUCCUGCAAGACGCCUCAUGCUCCGGGGCGACGCCACCCAGCGGCUGGUCCACGGGCACUGAUUCUCUCACCUGGGCGAUCGUCCUACCAUCCGGAUCAUCCGGGAUGAAAGCCUGCCUCACGAGCAACGGUUCUGUGAUCUCGACCGUGAGUGUGAAUCCGGGGCUGAAUUUCGGUUCGCCGACCGGAGUGCAAGCCGGGGCACAGAUGCUUCAAUUGUUGGACUCAGCGGGCAAUGUUGUCAUGACCGCGACAGGCGGUAGUUGGUCUGAGUGCGGACGGUGGCAGCGCAAGUUGCAGCAGUUGAACUAA